AUGGCAAAAGUCUUGGAAGAGUUGAUGAUGUUAUUUGUUGAAUUAUGUGUGGAACUUAGAAAAAAUAUCCACUUCAGAAAAGCAAUCUAUCAGUAUAAAAAUAUGAGUAUCAUGGAGAAUACUGUUUCAUUGGAACAAGUUAUUCGUUAUUAUCUAAGUCAAAUAAAGAGUAGAACUGAAGAAGCUCAACAAGAGUCGAAGAGUGCUAUUAUGGAUAUUGAAGAUUUGGAUAUUCUUGAAACUCCAGAAAGUUUGAUGUUGAAUGCUGUUAGUAUGGAGGGUACACAAGAUCGAUCGGCUAGAACAAUUCUAAUGCCAUGCAACUCGAAGCUUGAAUCAUUAUAUCAUGAAGUGGCUCAUGAUGCUUAUAAUUUCUGUUUAAAGUAUGGUCGUAAAACAGAAUUCAAAAAACUUUGUGAAUUGAUUCGACAACACACUCAAAAAGUUCAGAAUCAAUUACAACCGAAUGCACCUAAUGCUAUAAAUUUGAAUAAUGUUGAAACACAGACACUACAUUUUGAAACAAGAUUAAAACAACUGGACUGUGCAAUGGAAUUGGAGAUGUACAAUGAAGCCUUUAAAACUGUUGAAGAUAUUUGGAGUUUUAUGAUGAUGUUAAGAAAGCCAAGUAGUCCUUCGUUAAUGACAAAUUAUUAUUCAAAAUCAGCUGAACUUUUCUUACGUUGUGGUUGUCAUGUAUAUCAUGCAGCAGCUUUACAUAAACUAUACACAUUAUAUCGUGAUCAUAAAAAGAAUUUAACACGUGAAGAACUUUCAAACCUUGGCUCUCGUGUACUCUGUGCAACUGUUGCCAUUCCUUUACCGAAUGCUAAAGUUAACGCUGAUAAGUUUUUAUUAUCAGGCGAGUAUACUGCAAUGAAACAGAAAACACUUGCUGGUCUCCUAGGUCUUCUUCAAGUACCAACUCGUCAAAGUUUAAUACGUGAACUGGUUCGUCAUAAAAUAUACACAAUUGUUCCAACUGAUUUAGCUAAGCUUUAUCAGGUUCUUGAAGCAGAUUUUCAACCUUUAAAACUUUGGGAAUUAGUUCAACCAUCACUUGAAUAUAUGGCCAAAUUUUCAGAUCUCAAAGUGUACACAACACAACUUCAUGAUGUUAUAGUCGCAAAGACAUUACUUCAAUUGUCUCAAGUCUAUCAAAGUUUGAAUUUUGAAGAAUUUGUCAAAUUGUGUCCAUUCAUGGAACCUAUUCGAUUAGAAAGAAGUGUCAUUGAAUUGAUUCAUAACUUGGAACUACCCAUUCGUGUUAAUCAUUUACUUCAGGCAAUCUUCUUUGAUAAAUUCACGGAUCUUGGAAUAAGUCAAUGCGAAUAUGGUGGACAGUUAGUAUCUCAGUCGACACAUGUCAAUGAUCCUGACAAAUUAUCUCGUCAGCUUACAAUGUUUGCACAAGUGAUGCAACAAAUCACUGAUAUCUUAGAAGUCGAUCAAUCUUUAGCUAAUUGUCGACGUGUUUUAGUCCAUGAAUAUCGAAGGAAUGAGCAUAUGUUACACACUGAAUUGCUUAAUCGACGUUAUCUAAUUGAGGCACGAAAAGAAGAAGUUGAAACAUAUCAAGAUAAGCGUGAUCAGUAUUAUAGUACUGUGGAAGCACAACGUCAUGCUGAACAACAACGUCUUUUGAAAGCUGAAGAAACAAAUCUUGUCAAUGAGGCUAUGCAACGUGAACGACUUAAAACAGAAGAUGAAAAAAAUCGAUUAAAAUUACGUAUGGCACGCACUAGUUUGAAAAUGUUUUUGGAUUUAAAAAUUGAUACAAAAUUGGACUUAAAAGAAUUGACAGAAGAACAACUUGAAAAUUUUGAUGCUGAUAAACUUAUCAACAGACAGAAACAAGAGGUAAAGAAAAAACGAAAAGAAAUAGCAGAGAAAGCUAAGACAAUGGCUAAAAAAUUGGAUUAUUAUACACGUGCUUGUCGACUUGAAGAAAUUCCAUUGUUACAAGCUAAUAUUGAACCGGAGGCAAUUCAAGCGCGUGAAUUAUUUGAACAGAGUACUAGAGAGAUUGAAGAACACUCAAAAGCUGAGCAUGCCCGACAACUGAAAGAGCGUAAUCGGCUUAUUCGAAUGAAAUCUGAUGUACAGCGUCUUGUCAGUCAGUUGAAGGAAGCUCGUGAUAAUCGGUAUAAGGCGAAGCUUGCGGAAUGGGAAGCUUUGUGUGAUCAAACUCGAUCUGAACGACUGGCAGAUUUGAAAGCUAAACGAGACGCUGAAGCAGAAGCUGAAGCACAUCGUCGGGCAGCAGAAGAAGAAAAAGAACGUGAGGCUCAGAAACAACGUGAACUAGCUGCUGAAGCAGAGCGUAUUAAACGAGAACAAGAAGCUAAGGAGGCAGCUGAACGUGAAGCUGCACGACGAGAAGAAGAGUCUAAAGCUUGGAUACGUGGAGAAGUUAAAAAAGAAGAACCCAUGGCCGGUACCGAUUUUGGUCGUACACGAACAUCAGAAGUCAUAGAGAAUCGCGACUUCCGAAGAGAUGACCCACCCAAAGUAGUUGAUUUUGGAUGGUCACGGGGAAAUAAACGAAUCGGUUUUGAAAAUACACCUUCUCAUCGUGGUGCAAGUGAUUUUGGCAGUCGAGGAGAUCAACAAUCAUGGGUUCGAAGUGGGCCACGAAAAACUAUGCCUACAGAAUUUGAGGCUGCUAUACACGAAGAGGAUACAAGUGGUGGUGGUUGGACAUCGGUUGGAUCGCGUAGAGAAAGUGAAAGAACGCGAUCAUUUGGUAGAGGUGGUGGUACAAUGGGUGCAUUCAACCGAGGAUUUAAAGGUCCAGAUACGGAUACCAGUAGUAGUUCAACUCCUUGGCGUAGAGAGGGUCCGAAUGCCGCAAUGAAUACUAGCGCGGCGUUUGAUGAAACAAGAGGCGGUGGUGGCAUGAGACGACCUUUUGGUGGUGUAGGAUUUCCUUCACGAUUAUCAAAUACAAUAUCUGAAAAUAGAAAAAAUUAA